CUGCAAGAUGCAGGAGUUUACAAGUUUGUUUGUGAAUGUGGUCUCUCUUAUAUAGGACAAACUAAAAGAUCCAUGAAAGUCUGCAUUAAAGAACACAUAGCGGAUCACCAACGUUCCGGGAAGUCUGCAGUUUGUGAUCAUAUCCUAGACGGCCCCCGCCAUUACAUUAGAUUUGAUAAACCACAAGUUCUCGCGAAAGAACAUCGAUUCCUGCCAAGGAUGAUACGUGAGGCUAUUGAAAUUAAAAAAACAUCCUAA